AUGAGAUUUGCUCUGUCAGACGACGAGGUUUGCGUCGUGGAACUUCAUACAAGCGAGGGUGUCAUCACUCUGGAGUUGUAUUAUCGGGAGGCUGUAUGUGCGGCAGAAUCGUUUUUGCGACUUGCCGAGAGUGGGCAGCUGGACGGAGCCAUGUUUUCGAGGAUGGUUCCUGGAUUUGUGUUGGAGUGCUCGCUGGGUGAUAAACGCGCGUACGGUGAGCUUAUCGAGGCUGAGGAGAACAAAGGGCUGCACCACACCGGUGCGGGUAUCAUCAGCUGCCCUCGUGUGGGCGGGAAUGGGGUGGCUGGGGCGACGUUUUUCGUGACACUGGGACCGCAGCCGCACCUCGACAAGACGUGCACCGUGUUUGGCAGGGUCUAUAGCGGCAUGCGGGUGGUGGAAAAGAUAAGCCAGUUCCGUGUCGCGAGCGAUACGUUUCGCCUGUAUUCGCCAGUGGUGAUUUUGAGAUGUGCAGUGCGCGUGCUGCCAAAGGAGCAAAGGCCUCCCUCUUCUUUAACAAUUCCUGCUGCCGCUGCGCAGCAUCCACCGAAGCGCUGUAAGGGCAGGACGAGCGUGCUGGAUGGCUUGGAAUAA